AUGUUCUCGAGAAGAACCUUCACAGCGUCGACCUCGGUGAGAGUCAAUACUCUAAUGGAGAAAAGUGGCUUCUCAGACACGCACAUGGAAGUUCGGGAAGCCAUUGCCAAAAUCUGCUCAAAAUAUCCCGAUGAAUAUUGGGCAAAGCAUGAUGAAUCUGGUGAAUAUCCACAUGAAUUACAUGCAGAUUUAGCAAAAGGGGGAUGGAUUGGCAUUGCCCUACCCGACGAACUUGGAGGAUCGGGUCUUGGUAUCUCGGAGGCUACGAUGAUGCUACAUACUAUAUCCGAGAGUGGUGCUGGUAUGGCUGGUGCACAAAGUAUACAUGCAAGUCCAUCAUCAAUGCAGCGUAAUCAGUGGAUUGAGCAAUGCAAUGCUGAUCCAUUCACAUUAGAUGUUUAUGCAACCCAGCCUGUUGCAAAAUUUGCCACUCCCUCACAACGUCAAAUAAUGUUACCCAAGCUAAUCGACGGUACUUGGCGAGCAUGUUUUGGAGUCACCGAACCCAACACUGGCUUGGAAACUCUGAAACUGAAAACUCAAGCUGUGCGCGAAGGUGAUACUUACAAGAUAUCGGGUCAGAAAAUAUGGAUAUCCUCAGCACAAGUUGCAACGAAGAUGAUACUAUUGGCCAGAACCACCCCGAUAGAAGAAGUGGCGAAGCCUUCCGAAGGUCUAUCUCUUUUCUUCAUUGAUUUCGAUCCCAGGCAGCCAGGCCUCGAACUAAAGAAAAUUAAAAAGAUGGGUGGACGUGCUAUAGAUGCAAAUGAAGUUUUCUUCGAUAAUUACACCGUUAGUAGCGAUUCACUGAUUGGGAGAGAAGGCCAAGGGUUCAAAAUCGUACUUCACGGCAUGAAUGCCGAACGAUGCCUCCUAGCAGGCGAAGCAUUAGGCCUUGGAUACGCUGCCCUUUACCGAGCUUCCCAAUAUGCAAAGGAAAGAAUCGUCUUUGGUCGACCUAUUGGUAUGAAUCAAGGUAUUCAACACCCCUUGGCAGACGCAUACAUGCACCUCGAAGCUGCAAAACUAGCAACUUAUCAUGCUGCGGGAUUGUAUGAUAGAUCAACGACGGAUCAAACAAUAACACAGACAGCUGUUGGUGUUGCUUGUAAUAGCGCAAAGUAUUUGGCCGCUGAAGCAGCAUUUACUGCUUGUGAGAGGAGCGUGUUGACGUUGGGUGGCAUGGGGUAUGCUCAAGAAUAUCAUGUUGAGAGAUAUUUGAGGGAAUGCUUUGUUCCCAGAAUCGCGCCGGUUUCGAGAGAGAUGAUUAUGAACUACGUGGGAGAGAAGGUUCUUGGCCUGCCUAGAAGUUAUUGA